UAUUGGCUGCUGUUAUUGGCUGCUAGCUUGCUGUCAGUGAUUCUGAACAAGAUUUUACUGGAUUAAACGGACUGGAAUGUAAAGGGUGCCUGUUAUACAGCGGAAAGCAUGGAUGAACAGGCGUUACGGGGCCUGGCAAGCAUGGCCUCAAGCCAGGAGCAGUCAAGAGCCCUGGAGUAUUUUGAGCACCUGAAGUCCUCGGAGAAUGGCUGGAAACUGUGUGCGCAGGCUCUCACCACUAGUCAAGGCUACUGGGACGACUAUGUGAAGUUCUUUUGUUUGCAAGUUAUUGAAGCGUAUCUGAAAGACAGGUACAGAAAAUGCAGCAAUGGGGACUGUGAGCUUGUCAGGUCCCUUGUCGCCAGUCUACUCGAGAUACAGGGUACAAAGCCAGACAAAAACUUUGUGAAGAACAAGGUGUCACAGAUAGUGUCGCUGGUAUUUGUGGCCGACUAUCCUCAUCGUUGGGCAAGUUUUUUCACUGACCUGCUUGGGACCCUUGUACUUGGCCCUGCAGCAACUGACAUGUUCUUACGAGUACUGCUGCAGAUUGACUCCGAGGUCGUCGACCGCGAUAUCGUACACACGCAAGAGGAGACAGAGAGGAACACAGCCAUCAAGGACGCGAUGAGGGAGCAGGCGGUACAACAGCUAACAGAUGCCUGGUACCAGAUACUGACACAGUACGAGGGAAGUGACACAGCGGUGGUGUGUUCUUGCCUUGAGGUAGUUGGUAAGUACAUCUCCUGGAUUGACAUUGGACUCAUCGCCAACGAGCAGUUUGUGCCUGUCAUCAUUCGAUUCCUGUCGAACGCUCUGCUUCGUGAGAGCGCGUGCGACUGUAUCUCUGAAAUUGUGAGUAAGGGGAUGGAGCCGCGUGCCAAGACUAAGCUGGUUGAGUCCUUCACACAUGUUCUGGAAGAGAGUGGACACUUCAACCUGCCUCAGGAUGUAGAUGUGGAUUUCCUGGCAAAGAUGUCACGUAUGAUCAACUGUAUGGGAGUACAGCUCAUAUCCUGCUGGCAGAAGAUGUGUAAGGUGGACGCAGAGAUGGCUGCAGUUUCCCUCCAGGCUGCAGAGAACAAGGUGCCCCUUUUGCUGCGUUUCCUUGGUGACGAGGAUGAUGAUGUUUCUGCUGCUGUGGCAACCUUUACCACCGACUAUAUCUCCCUCCUGAAACAGCUGCAGACCCUGAGUCAGAAGCAGAAAGACAAUGUUGAGGCCCUUCUCUUUAUAGUGAUCAACAAAAUGAAGUUUGAUGAGUGCUAUAAUUUUGAACAAGAGGGAGAGGAGGAAGCCAUGUUCCAAGAGUAUCGCAAACAGCUCAAGACUAUCUUCACCAACCUGGCAUCUCUUGACAUAGGAAUGGUGGAGGGGAGUGUACAGAGACUGGUUGGAGACACAUUAACCAACUGGAAGGCCCGGCCCCUGGCAGACAUUGAGGUGGCUAUUCACCUCCUCUACAUCAUGGGAGAGGCCCUACCUGCUCCACUGAGUCAGCACUUCAGCACAUCUCAUGAGAAAGCUUCGUCACUGCAGGCAUUGAUGAGACUGUUGGUAUCUAGCGGCGUGAGUUGCCAUGGUCACAUGAUGGUGAUGGUGCACUUCUUUGAGACGGUCGUGCGCUAUGAGAAGUUCUUCCAAUGUGAACCACAACACAUUCCACAUGUCCUGGGGGCCUUUCUGGAUGAGCGUGGGUUCCAUCAUGUAAGUGGUCAGGUACGCAGCCGGGCCUCCUACCUCUUCUCACGCUUUAUUAAGUCAUGCAGGUUACAGCUGCAGGGAUACAUUGAGGAGAUACUGGGCCAGUUUGGUGACCUGCUGACCGUCAACUCCCCAGAAAAUGGAUGUCAGCACCUACUCUCCAGCGACGACCAGCUGUUUGUGUACGAGACAGCUGGCAGUCUCAUUGUCUCCAGCAACUUUCCUCCACAACGUAAGGGAGAGCUGAUGCGUCAGGUGGUGGGACCAAUCGCGGCCAAGUUUUCCACACUUAUGGAGGGGAUGGUAGCUGAGACGGAUGAAGGACGCCAGCUUGCCUAUGCCAACAGUAUCAACAAUGCCAUAUCACUCGCCAGUCGUGCGAGCAAGGCAUUCUCAAACCAGCAGACAAUGCAGCAGUGUGGGUGUGAGGGUGUGUUCUUGGAGCUUCUGCAGAUGUUCGUUCAGGCAGUCACCGUUCCUGUGCACCGCGGGCUAGUGCAGGCGGGGGUGCGCCAGUAUCUUCACCGUAUGGUGGUGUGCAUGGAAUCGGAGAUACUCCCCUAUGUUCCUGCCGUCCUUGAGAACCUUCUCAAGCAGCCAGACGCCAAGGAAUUGCACGAUUUUCUCCCCCUUAUGAACCAACUCAUUAUGAAGUUCAAAGGAGCCAUAGCGCCAUUCCUACAAGAGGUGUUUAUGCCAGUGGUGCGAACGAUAUUCGCUGUGCUGUGUCAGCCUGCAGACGAGCGAGACCAGGUGGCGUCUAUGGAACGUCUGCUACUGCAACGUGGAUACUACCAGUUCCUCGCUACCAUUGUCACUAACGACGUCCUUGAUGUCCUCAAACACCAAGAUGCGAGUAAUUUGGAGCAUGUGUUGAUGACAAUUGUUCGGGGUGCUACUGACAUGCCUGACCCGAGUAGCCAGAAGACAUGCUUCAACAUUCUGAAGAGGCUGGUUGAAGCUUGGGGUGGGGAGGAGGGUCUGCCUGGGUUUGUGGACUUUGUGUACAAGAACAUUGUACCAGCCUGCUUCCUUGCCCCUCUGAAGCCUGAUUUUGACAUGCGAGACGGGCAAUCUGCUCUGGCCGUUAGUGAGAUGGCAGCUUGUCUAAGAUGUGUGAAGGAAAGCAGGGGUGGAGAAUUUGUUGAAUACCUUCGUGGUGAAUAUCUGGCUACACUGAACCUCUCACUCGACCUUCGACAACAAUUCUGUGAUGCACUUAGCCUUGACAAUAAACAAUUUAAAAGCUACUUUAAGACAUUCAUGAUGAAGGCAAAGUCGUGACCCAGGUGACACCACUUACAGGACCUGUUCACAUGACUGCCUGUAUGUGAGGACUACCAGCUACUGGCCCACAUGAUACAAGGGAGUUCUGACUACUUACCCAAGCAAGGGGACCCACUACCCGCCCCAUUCAGGGAUGGGUGGUAAACUGGCCCGGGUCCUAGACUUGACCAGGCUUUUUACUGCUAUAUUUAGAUUGUGCCCCACAGGUGUUCAAAAAUGCAGAGAUCAGAUAGGUCUUCUUCUGUGGUUGUUCAAUGUAAACAUUGACUUGUGCUCAUUUUACAUGUAGAAAGUACUUCCAUUACAUCCAUAUUUGGUGCAAUGAUCUUCCCAGGCCAGGUCAUUCGAGAUUUAUUAUAUAAAGUUGUGAUUGUCUUCAGUGUGUGCAUACCACACAAUAAAUUGCUUCAUAAAUGCUAUGUCGGAAUGCAAUAUUUUGCUUAUAAUGAUGACUUGGAACAAAGAUAAUUCACCAUUUCUUCACUAUUUUUUAAAUGAAACAUAGCGCAGUUUACGCCCCUUACAGAGCCCCGUCUUUGGUUUUUACCAGAGUUUGAUAGUUUUGUUUCUUAAAACAAACCUUUUGACAAAACCUCGGCCUGAUUGAGCACUGUCAAAACAGUAUUUUGGAAACAGGUUUGUCAAAGUGUUUGAGGAAUCUUAUCACCUAAUCAAACUUAGGUGUAUAAAACAAAGGCAGGGCUCAUUAAGCACAUAGACUGCCCUUUGUUUCAUUUUAAAUGAUUAUAUGUUUGAUUUAUUGUUUUUGCCCUGUCUGUCAGUCAGUCUUCGUUUCAGCUCAAUAACUGAAGAACGCUAAGACCCAGGUAUGCAGGUUGGUCAUGACCAGAAGAUUACCCCUAUUUAUUUUGUGAUCAUCAGGUCAAAGGUCAAGGUCGCGGUGACCUUAAGGUUAAAAACAAUAUGUUGGCGGUGACUUAAAGCUUGAAAAUGGUUUCUGCUUGGAACUUUAUUCUAAUUGAUGACUCCUAUUGAUUUUGAGGUCAAGGUCUAGAUAACCUGAGGUGAAAAAAACAGUUUCCCUCUGAAAAAAUCAAGAACACUUGCACCAAGGAACUUCAUACUUGGUAUGCCAGUUGGUCAUGAAUAGUAGAUGUUCCCAUUAAAUUUCAGGCCAGUUGGUUUGUCAAGGUGACCUUGAGGUAAAAUAAUAGUUUCUGCUGAAUAACUAAUGAAUGCUUGGGCCCAAGAACUUCAUACUUGGUUUGCGAGUUGGUCUUGGUAAGUAAAUGGCGCCUAUUCAUUUUGAGGUUGUUGGUCACCGGACAGUAUGUUACACUUCUUUCUGCUCAAUAACUAAAGAAGGCUUGGACCCAGGAACUUCAUACUUAUAAUGUAGGUUGGUCAUGACCAGUAGAUGAACCUUAUGUUUGUUCGUCUCCAGUCCAAAAGUACAAAUUUCAUGUGUUUUUUUUAUUAUUGCUCACCUAAGAAAACACAAAAAAUGGGGGAGACAAGUGCUUUUAAAAAAGAUAAUCUUUAGUUCUUUGUGUUUUAAAGUGAAAAGUCAUAAGUUUAGUUGAGUAGCGCUGUUGCCAAACAGCGGUGGGCAGAGCUGUGUUGUAUGACGUCAUCAUCUUGAUGCAUCCAAAAAAAAUUCAUGAAUUAUUCAAGGUUUAAACAUUGAUUGUAAUAUUUAUAAAUAUAAAAAUUUAGAAAAAUAUAUCUGUAACUAUGAAUUAUUUACCUUAGGAAUGACAAAAUUCUUUGAAAUUUCCAUGUUGACAUACACUGGGUGUUAUUGUUAACAAAGGAUAUGGGGAAAUGCUCUUCAGGAAUUUGGAUUAUUCGGAUUUGGUAACUGGUAACCUCCAGUAAUUCAUUAAGUUGGGAUACUUAUACAGUAGUAUCUUAUACUCAAAUGUUUCAUGGUCCAUUUGAUCAUUCAAAGCUCUUCCCUCAUAAGAUUUAUCUAUUGUUGUUUUAAGUGAGUUAUAUUAAUAGCCUAGGUGUCGUUGUCAUCAUCAGCGUACAUGUAGUAUGUUUGCAAAACAACAUUGACCUAAGCCAUAACUUAAAAGCUAUUUCGAUUUUUAAAUGAAACUUGGUAUUGUUGCCAGAGACAGUAUGAAUAUACAUAGCAAGGCCCAUAACUCUAGUCAUAACAGCAGUGGAGCGUUGCAUCUGCUCUGCUCAUGGUACUCAUAUCUUCUCACAUAAAUGUAUUCAAUUCUCGUCAUUGUUUCUGAGGAUGUAUUAUAAUGCUGUGAUGUUUUUUGUUUAUGUACUGUUAACGUUUUGUUUCAAGAAGAAGUGUUCCUGGCUUGGCUAUAUAUGAUUGCAAUAGGUAUUGAAUACUAUUUGUUAUGAUAGUUCAUAUUUAUGGAAUUACGAUGAUGUUAAAGACUGUUUUUUUCCAAAAUGGUGAAUCCAUUUUUGUCAUUGUGCCAAUAAAGUUAUAAAACCUUG